GCUGGAGCAAUCCCAAACUGUGAGUCUAAAUGAAAUCUCAUCAUCCACUCUGGUAACAACUACUGAACUUGAGGAAACUCCACAUCAGGCUCCAGAUCAGAUGGUAAUAGACGAAGCUGAUCCCAGCCUGUCCAUCUCAUCUCUUACUGUUGAGUUGGAGUUGACACCUUUACAAAAUGGAUAUCAGGAAAUUGUCCUAGCAGACACUCAAACACAAACUCCAAAUGAAUCUGAAACAAAUCCCAAAGCAGAGGUUGAUAAACAAAUGCAAACAGUGAGUCAAGAUCAGAUCCUUCCUGUCCUGGAUAAAGCUUUGCCUCAAGGCACACAGGAAAAGGCUGAUCAAGAACCAUCUGAACAAGAACCAUCUAAACAAGAUCAAUCUCAACAAGAACGGUCCAAAAACUCGAUGGUUGAAAGCAAAGAGGGAGAGGAGAAGGUGGAGAACCUGUCUGAAAUGGAGACUCCAUCUGCUACAGAAGAGGAUCGGCCACAAUCAGAGCCCAAAAAGGUAUCACAGAUUUCAGAGUUACCUGUAAAUAUAAUGUCUGCUCAAGAGCUGGUGAAAGUGCGGAAAAGAAAAUCUACAAAGGCGUUUCUCUUUCAAGGAUAUAUGCAAGAACUGACUGGAUCCUUAUACAACGACGAUUUCCAAAUUGAUGCGGCCCCUGCCAAACGGCAAAGACGAAAAAAGUCUCAUCUUGUUGUUAAAUUUGUCCCACAAAGCAAAGAGAAAAAGAUCAAGAAACAGAAAAAGCCAUCACAGCCGCAUCGUUCUACACAGGAAGAAGUGUUAAGGAGUAUAUCACCAACCGUACAUCUCUCAAAGAAAAAAGUAUCCUCACAAAAGAAGGCGAGAAAGGGUAAGAAAGGCAAGAUAGGGGGACAUUUGGUUUCUACAGCUGAAAUAAAGUCACCUUCAUCAAUCAAAGACCCACAGGUUCAACAAAAUAAAGAGGAUACAAGAAAAAAGAAAAGGAAAAAAGAAGUAGCCACAAAGCAUGUAAAUAACAUAGGUGAUCAAAAUACUAUUGCCUCAACAGUUUCUAAGAAAAAACAGGUAAAAAUGAUGCAAAGAGAUCAGCCCAAGAUUGCAAAGGGGGGCAAGGGGAAAAGAAAUUUGGCAGCUAAGCAAAUAGACAAGACAAAAACAAGCGCAACUUCAGCAGACAUAACAGAUCCACUCAUAAUGGAAGACUCUCUUCUUUUACUGAAAGGUCAUAAACAGCCCCAGUUGAAAGUAUACAAGUUAGACCCUUCUAAAGCAUCCAGCAACAAAAAGGAGGAUCUACCUAAUGAGUCCCAAAAAAUGUCCUCACAGAGUAAAAACAACAAUCUGAAACAUCCAGCAAGUGAGUCUACAAUUUAUCCCACAUCAGAGGUUAAGAAAAAGGGAGGGAGAGUCAAAAAGAACCAGAAAGCCCUUUCAUUGUUGUCCUCAUUAAAGGUUUCCCGUGAACCACUUGAGACAGUGCCAAACAAGUCAAAGACCACCAGGAAACGUAAAGCCUCUCCGAAAGUGGAAACUGAAGGAGUAAUAACUUCUUCUCAUACAAAGCCCGCCUUAGAGUGCAAGGACUGUGGGGAAAGAUUCAGUGAUGUCUCGUCCCUUCAGAAGCACAAGACCAUGGUUCAUGUCAUAGAGAGCCCUGGUCUUACUUACACCAAUGGCAACAUAUUUGAAGGCGUCUCCAGGUUGGAUCUUUACCAGCUUCCAAUACAGCACAAUAAGGCUCUUGGGUUGAUGAAUGCUGCUACAGGAUGGGAUACUGAGCCUGAGAUGGGAGAGAUUGCAUUAGAAGAUAGAGAGCGAAACGUCUCUUUUCCAGCUUUGAUUCCGUCGCCUUCUUUACCUGUUCCACCCUCAGAUGUUGAAAUAAGGGCUUACGAAGAUAAAGAUGGGACUAAAAUAGAACCAGAUAUCCAGUCACCAUAUGAUCAAAUAAUAAAUAGUGAUACCCAUCCCAAUAUCCCACCUGAAUCAUCUUUAAGUGCUUCUACUCUGACACAGAGUUCAGAAACAGGAAAGCCUUUGGCGUCAGAUGAGGGUAAGCAAGAAGUUACCCUAAAGAAAAGCUUAGAACCUGAUGGCCAUGGAACUUUGGAUGAAAAUAUCAAGAAGGAUUUACUUUUUGAGGAAGAUUUAGUUACCUUAGGGGAAAAUGAUGAGAGAGAUGACUCAGCUUCCAUCAAAGACACAGUUUGCCGAAGUGAAUCAAAUGGUUCCUGCAACUCUGAGGUUAGAAGCACGAACAGACAUUUUGGGCAGGCUACUAAUGAAGCGUCUGAAAAACCUCAAACUUGUCAGACUGUGUCAUGCUCCACCCAUCAAGGGGAAAUCAAAAAAGAGGAGGAAGAAGUAUUAGUCCAGAAGAAAAAAGGAGUGAAAGGGAUUGUUGUGAGGAAUGCUUCAAAAAGUAGGGGAAGAGGAAAAGGGGGUCUUAAAGGGGAUGUGGUCUCGAAGAGAGUUUUUGCUGGAGAUGCUGUCAGAGAAUCAGAGUCAAAAAAAGAACAGGGUGAAUGUCAGGUAGUUUACGAAACCCAGCCUAUCACCUCUGAUUCAGAAAUAACUGAAGAAGGUGGGACCAAUCCCGAAUUUAAGGAAGACAAUGCUACUACAUCUGCCAUGUCUUUGAUAUCCAUGCCCUGCACAUCAGAGGAAUCUCCUAAUGGGCCAGAGUCGGUUCCGACAAGAAUAGAGGGGAUAAUGAAUGAAAAGGAAAUGCACGAAGGAGAGGAAUGCGGCAGAGACAGCUCUCCAGGUAUCAUACUUGAGAAGGUUGUCACCUCUACACCAAAAGGGACUGCUGACAAGGAGCCAUACCUGAUGACAGCAAGAAACAGCCAAAGAAAGGUUUUGGACAGGUUGGCUGAGAAUGAAGUACAGGUCUUUGGGAGCCAGGAGAUCAAGGUUGAAGAGAUUAUUUCAGAUCCCUCACUGGCAGGAUCGGUCUGCCAAAACAGACAGAGUGCAAGUAUGCAACCCCAGCAUCACUUUGAUAUAAGGACCGUCCUGGUGAAAGAGGAGUGCAGCCUUGUACUGAAUGAGACUCAGGCCGCACAGGGCAGCAGCAGCAUCUGUUGGAAUGUGGAGCCAGUCAGUGUUGUAAACACCUCCAGUCCUGUAAUGAAUAGAGGGGAAACAAGAGAUGGUCACGUCACCCCUGAGUUCAGCACCAACCAGUGUAUCUUCUACCCAGUGAAGGAAGAGGAGAGGGAGGUUCUUGUGGGUGCUGCUCAGACCAACAAUGAAGAUUUAUCUACAGGGUCGUCCAGUGAAACCCAGCAGACAGAACUUCAAGCAACAGAUGGAGGGCGCCAUUCUGCACCAGACCACCAGAAAAAGAGAGUUAGACAUCUGUUGUCAGAUACUCGAGAGAGUGACUUUGCAGAUGGACAAGCUGAGACAGACGCUGAAUGGCAGCAUACUCCAGACGUCCAGGACUUUCUCCUCCAGAGCUCCGAUGAGGAGGAUACGGUUGGAUUUGAACUGGCUGACCCUCAGCUUGACUCAGAGGCAGAAGUGAUGUCCUAUUUCAACAAGAACCACACAAACAGCGCACAGCGGCCAGAUGAAACAUCAAAAAAUUUUCCAGAUUCAGAGGUCCAUUCUCAGGCACAUAAAGAGGGAGAAAGGACCAGAAGGCCCAUUGAUUACUUUUCCAAGUAUUUUGGUUGGGAAACCUGGGUAGAAAUUGCAAAUUGCACAAAUAAACUUUCCAACACGACCAAUCCUGUUACAGCCAGAGCGGUUGCACAGUUUGUUGGGAUCCACAUUGCGAUGGGAACUUUAAAGUUUCCCAGUCUGAGGCUCUACUGGGAGGACUUGACAAAGGUGCCCUUGAUUGCUGAAGCGAUGCCCCUUUCUCGUUUCCUUGAGCUGUCUCGUAUGUUGAAGCUUGCUUCUCCUGAAAGGGAUCCACUUGACAGAAGUGUUCAACAAAGAACACAUGAUAGUGAUUUACAUCACAGUAAAACACUCUCAAGCAAGCAAAGUGAUAUUUGUCCAUCCAGUGAUGAUCAGAGGCAAGUUCACACACCAAAUGACUCUAACGGUUCUAAAACCCAAACUGAUCCCCUGGGGAAAGUGCAGCCAAUACUUUGUCGAUUUAUAGCUGGGUGCCAGUCUUUGAGACAUGAUGGCGGGUAUGCAGUUGACCAAUAUCCAUUACCUUUGACUGGGAAGAAGCACAAUAAGAAACUCUCUCUCCACUGCACUACAUUAGUUGGAUUCAGUGGUUUGCUCUUACAUGUGGAUCUUAAAUUGGGUCCGUCUGGCAAAGAAGAUGCUGUUGAAAAAAUGGUUCCAAAAGGCAGUACGGUGUUUCUUUGCAAACAGGAACUCUCCACCCCUGCCAUGCUGGAGCGUCUGUUAGUUGCUGGGGUACAUGGUGCAGGCAGGGUGGGAGGGGCCCGAGGACAGAUUGGAGAUGAGUUUGUGAGCUCAGAUGGGAAGCUGAUGUUGCGUAGAUCACACUGCGGCUUCAUACUUUCUACUGCGGGGAAUGGCCAAAGGAACAUGGCUUCUCUCAUUGACAACUUUGAGAAGGCCCAGAUGUCGACUCAUCUCAACAGAGACCUACUGAAGCUUUACUCCAUCCCCCUCACUGCCUCAGCUUCAACCUGCUGGCCUCAAGCUGUGCUCUGGUACCUGACAGAUAUGGCUUUGGUCAACUCCUGGCUCCUUUACAGACAGGAUCACAUGGCGGCCUCUGCACCUUUGUCUUUCAUGGCCUUUAGGUUGGAGGUGUCCAAGGAUUUCAUCCUAUCUAGCGACUCUGAUACCCAGGAUUCAGUUCCUCCUCAACCCCCUGUAGAGAAAGUCCAUGCAACACAUGAAACCCCAAAUCUUGGCCUGGUGGAAGAAAAUCCUCUCCCAGAUGCAGCCACGCGGUACGACGGUUCAGGCCACUGGCCAGAGCAACUUGUUGAGGGAGAAGGGGGAAGAUGUCGUUACGGGGACUGUCAGAGAACAUCUCGAGUGCUAUGCCUUAAGUGCUGUGUAUUUCUUUGUAUCUCGCGAAACCACAACUGCUUUUUGAAUUUUCAUAGUCAAGAGGGGUUGGGAGAAAAGUAGUUUCAACAGCUGUGCUUUUGGUGUACAAAAACCCAGUGUAUCAAAAAAUGGUAUUACCUUUUAUGUCUUUAAAACUUUUCCACAAUGCCUUUCACUGUCCUUGUCAUUGUAUUGAUGAAUAAUUGUGCUGCAGUUUCAAAAAACAUGCUUUGUUCUGUGAGCAUGUUUAAGGAAAUCAAAAGGAAAUGUGAAAAAAUGGCUCAUAACCAUGAAUUUUGAGCUGCGGAAAUGGUGUAAUUUAAGUAUUUGAUUUUGCAAUGACCAUGUUUUUUGUGUUACUGAACUGACCUCAUUUGCAUUUCAUACUGAGCUUUUCAUUUGGCUCUAUGAAUUGAAAACGUAAUUUAUGUGAUUUAAACAAAACAAUAAAAUACUUUGAAAAAUGAA